UAAACGACACAAUUUUGGCGGCGCAGCAGUUGUCCCUUGUCAUUUAUCACCACCCGUAAAAACCUCCUUUUUUAAAUUACAAAAAAAGAAAAAAGAACCCCAAAAUCCAGACUCUCUCCUUUUCCUUAUAAACCACUUUAACUUCCUCUCUCCUAUCACUGAGAGUGAGAAAAUUCAGAAAAUAUGGGAGCUUAUUGCAAUGGAGAUGUCUCUUUGCAUCCCGUCAAUGGACUUUCCCCCUCUCACAAUCUCCGAUUACUCAAGCAAGUUCACGACAAUGUCCAUGGCAACAUAUAUAUGGAUCCCUUCUGUUUGAAAUUUAUGGAUACCGAGCAGUUUCAGAGGCUUCGAGAGCUCAAGCAACUAGGUGCAACCCACCUGGUUUAUCCUGGGGCUGUGCAUUCUAGGUUUGAGCAUUCUCUUGGUGUAUAUUGGCUUGCCGGUGAAGCUGUGGAAAGGCUGAAAAAUUACCAGGGUUUGGAGUUAGGUAUUGAUUACUUUGAUAUUCAGACAGUGAAGCUUGCAGGACUUCUGCAUGAUGUGGGCCAUGGUCCUUUCAGUCACUUGUUUGAACGUGAGUUUCUCCCCAGGGUUCUAAAUGGUGCAAAAUGGUCUCAUGAACAAAUGUCUGCAAAAAUGAUUGACCAUAUUGUUGACGAGCACUAUAUUGAUGUUGACUCUGAAAUGAUGAGAAGAGUUAAGGAGAUGAUACUAGCUAGCUCAGAAUUUACACAAAGAAGAGACACAAAGGAGAAGUGCUUCUUGUAUGAUAUUGUUGCAAAUGGUCGAAAUGGAAUCGAUGUGGACAAGUUUGAUUACAUUGUCCGUGAUUGUCGAGCUUGUGGUCUAGGAUGUAGUUUUGAGUUUCAGAGGUUAAUGGAGACAAUGCGAGUUAUGGGUGAUGAGAUUUGCUAUCGCGCGAAGGACUAUCUUACCAUUCACAAGUUGUUUGCCACCCGUGCUGAUCUUUAUCGCACAGUUUAUACUCAUCCAAAAGUAAAGGCAAUAGAACUUAUGAUGGUUGAUGCCUUGUUGAAAGCAAAUGAUUAUCUGCAACUGUCAUCUUACAUUCAAGAUCCUUCAGAAUAUUGGAAGUUAGAUGACACGAUAAUCAAAACUAUUGAGACAGCUCCUGAUGAACAACUAAGGGAAUCUAGGGAUUUGAUCCUGCGGAUACGCAGGAGAAAUUUGUACCAGUUUUGCAAUGAGUACGCUGUUCCUAGGGACAAGGUGGAAAAUUUCAAAGAUGUCACUGCACAGGAUAUUGUUUGUUCCCAGAAAAACGGUGGUGUGCUACUGAAGGAAGAUGAUAUUGCAGUAAGCAAUGUUAGGAUUGAUUUGACUCGUGGAAGGCAUAAUCCUCUUGAAAGCAUCAAUUUUUUCAAGGAUUAUGAAAGUGAGGAGAAAUUUUCCAUACCUGAUGAUCGCAUCAGUCACUUGCUGCCUACAUCUUAUCAAGAUAUGAUAGUGAGGGUCUACUCAAAAAAGCCUGAACUGGUAGCAGCAGUCUCUGAGGCUUUUGAAAAUUUCCAGUUGAGAACUUAUGGGAUUAAGGCACAAGUGCAUGCAACUCCAGAGAAGAAGAAACGUCGGACAUGAGGUUUUCAUUGUCUAUGUUAGUUCUCUCUCUUUUUAUUUGUAAAAUGAACGCAAAAAGAUAUGUUUGCCAUACCACAAAUCGGUAAAGUUUGGAUAUCAUACCACAGGUGAAGCAUAUUAUAUAUAUAUAUAUAUAUUUAAUUCCUUUUGCCAUUUCCCCCUACUUGGAAUCUAGGACAUUCUGUUAUUUCAUUAAAUAGAGUAGCUGAGUUGAUGGGCUUAUUAUUUUCAAGUUCCCCCCAUAUCAACUGAAAUAUCUCAAAAUUUUUUAUGUCUAUAGUGUUCUCCAUUCAGCCCCCCAUCUCUGUCUUUCUCACAAAUAUGCAAAAAUGCACUCACAUGAGAGCUAAAUGCUUAAAUGGCUAGCGACUUAUGGCUAGUUGUUAACCGACAUUAACAUUUUAGUAGAAUUAUCAUUUCAUGCUUUAUUCUUGUAUCAGUUUUGAUGCUUCUAUAGGUGCUGCAUCACUUACCAUGUGGGAAAUUAUAGGUGCUGAUCUUGUCGUUGACAUACACACCAUGGCUAGUGGAGUUGCCUCUAAUCACACAAUCUGAAUAGUUUUGUAAGUUGUUUGAUUAUAUAUUACUUUAGCGACCUAUGAAAUUUUGGAUUGGUUUUUCACGGCCGGCUAGUUAUUCAUAUCCUAUAGCUCUUUCUAUUUGCAGCCUUAUAUUUGUAUUUCAGUUUAUAGGUUUCGACACUUAUUAAUUAUGUGACAAAUGAAUUAUGACAUCAGAUGAUAUGGGUGAGACGUGCAUCUAUGAGGAGGAAUAUGUAACUUGUGCUA